CGCCAUGCCAUCUUCCCAGCUUCCCCGCAUCAUGGGACGAUAGCCCGAAAUGCCGAUGCAGGUCCAUGCAACCCGCAAAAAUUACCUUCCACAGGCGAUCAAGUCUUAGUACCAUCCAUCAUUCAGGGGAGACGAAGUGGUCAUACGGUUCAGAAAUGGACACUAAGAAGAAUUCAUCCGCGUCUUUGAUCGCCGUCUCGCAUUGUGUGGUAACCGGCAUGUAUUUAGUUGGAGCAUAGCCUUUCUUUUAGAUCUCAGCCAAGAAUCAUGAGAGUCUUCUCUUCAUUGCUCGCGUACUGCGCCACACUUUCUUCGUUUGCUUCUGCGAUCUCCAUCACUUCGACCAAGAACUGGAAUAUCACGAAUGAUGUGGAGGGUUCAGUCCGUCUCAAUGGCCUUGCUUUUCAACAACACGCCCUGACCACCUUUGGCGACUACCAAUACGUCGCAUUCUACAAGACAGCUUCGGGAUACGGCAAACAUCAUGUCAACCUCGGUCGGCGCAAAAUCAACCCUUCUUUGGGCGAUUGGCAGUACUUUGCAUUCACAGAUUAUGUGCAAAGCACUCUCGAUGAGCACAACACUAUCAGUAUGGGCAUUAGUGGAGACGGCAAGAUCCAUCUGAGCUUCGAUCACCACGACGUACCACUCAACUAUCGUGCAAGUAACACAGGCAUCGCUAAGACGGUUCCCGAACAGUGGACAGCCAGCGCCUUUGGAGCAGUCCAGCACAGUCUGCCUGGCUCAACCGGACCAUGGACGCCACUCACAUACCCUCGGUUCGAACGCAUCGAUAAUGGUGAUCUCUUGAUGGAAUUCCGUAUCGGACAGUCUGGCGCCGGUGACUCGUACAUCCAUCGAUACUCCGUUGCGACCGCACAGUGGAGCGCGGUUGGCAAGUACCUACAAGGUCAGGACAACAAUGCUUACAUCAACGGCAUUAGCAACCAGGGUGGAAAGCUCUUCGUAUCAUGGACGGUGAGGGAGACACCUACUCCCUCGACUAACCACGACUUCUACUUCGCCUUGUCGGAGGAUGAUGGCAAGAGUUGGAAACAGACUAAUGGUCAAACUGUACCAAAGCCGAUUACGCCAUCGACCGCUGGCAUUAAGGUGUAUUCGAUCCCACAAAACAGCCAAAUCAUCAACCAAGAAGCCCAAUGCGCUGACCAAAAAGGCCGGUUUCACGCUCUAAUGCGCGACAACUCGACAGGCACAGCGCAAUUCUACCACUAUCUCCGUACUCCAGAAGGCAAAUUUUCCAAGACCGCCAUCAAGACGCCUGGUCUGUCAACUCCGCCAUACCUUGCCUAUCGAGGUAAAAUCGCUGCCGCAGGCGACAACGUUUUCGCGAUUUUACCAGACCAACCGAAGAUGACCGUGCAAAUCUGGGCCGCGACAGCAGCCGGAGCAUACAAUGACUGGAAAAAGUUGGCCGAGGUACCAAACGCUGCUGGUGAGCCGUUGGUGGACGAAGAGAGGCUGGAUAAAUUCAACGUCUUGAGCAUUUUCAUCAGGCAAGGCGGGCCUUUCGGCACACGCAAAGUACAAGUCUGGGAUUUUGCGCUCGCUCUUUGAAAAACAGAGUGUGCCUUUGACUCAGACCGGGGCUUGGUCUCCGUUCGAGCUGGUCGCCAUGGCAUGUACAAGUACAUUAGUUCCAACAACAUCAGCAUUAGGACAAGAAGUUGAGGCUCUAGUGGCCUUGUUCCCGCACAUUUUAUCUUGGCGCUCUGACGCUCCUCAUUUACUGCUGCUGUACAGGACAAGAUCAGAGCAU